GAAUUUCGAACUUUCUGCAUGAGCAUGAGAGUCCGAGAGAUUGCGCGAGCGCAACAUUUGCAGAGUGCAGACAGAAAUUGCAUCGAGGUUGGAACAAUUUCGCCGAAAAUUCCAAGCGCUCGGAAUUUGGAAACAGAGUGGUUUGGAGCAGCGGCUGAGUAAUGAAGAAAGAUAAAAAGAAUCGAGAUGGAGAAGGUUUGAAGAGCUCGAUUCCGCCGCAUACUAACGGUGCCGAGGGGAAGAAAAACCUCAAACGGAAAGCUCCUCAAGCCGAGCAGAAGCAGGAGGAGGCCGAGGCUGACAAGUCGGAGCUGCCAGUGAACGAACCUGAUAAGAAGACUUUUUCUGAAGGAAGAUUUCACGACCUCGGUUUAGCUGAAAAUGUUGCCGCCCACAUUCAUGAUGGGAUGGGGUUUCAAGCACCGACGCAUAUUCAGCGGGAAGCCAUUCCUGUCGUCGUUUCUGGCAGAGAUGUGCUGGUUAAUGCGGGAACGGGAACCGGGAAAACUUUGGUGUACCUUGCACCCAUCGUGAAUGCUCUCCAGGGAGCUCGUAAACGCGUGAAUCGUACUGAUGGCACUUAUGCAAUUGUGUUGGUGCCAACCCGUGAACUGUGCGUGCAGGUUUUCUUAGUUGCUGAGAAACUCGUGCAUCGUUUUAUCUGGUUGGUUCCUGGAUUUCUGAUGGGAGGAGAGAAUCGAAAUAAAGAGAAGGCGAGGCUUCGGAAAGGAAUCACCUUACUAAUUGCAACACCCGGUAGACUUCUGGAUCACCUAAGCAACACAAACUCUUUCAAAAUUGACCCGCUGAAGUGGCUGGUCUUUGACGAAGCAGACAGACUAUUGGACUUGGGAUUCGACAAAGACAUACAAAGCAUUCUGUCUCUUUUGAACCAAAAGCAGGCUGCUUCCAAACAAUUCAAAGAGUCUGAGAGACAACACAUUCUUUUAUCUGCAACGUUGGAUGAGCGAGUAAACAAGCUCGCCGCUCUCAGCCUCAGGAAUCCAGCAACUGUGGGGCUUCCGUCUAAGGAAGAAGCCCCAGUUGAACAAUCCAAACAUACAUCAGUCGAAGAAGUGAAAGGAAAACCCCAGGAGCCGAGUGAAGACGAAGAGGAGGAAGUAGAUGAUGGCGAUGAAGAUGAAGAUGAAGAUAACUUAGAAGCGGACGAGAAACCUUCUAACGGGCAUACCGAUUACAACAUACCCUCUCAGUUGAUCCAAAGUUAUUAUAAAGUCCCGUGCAAACUGAGGUUAGCUGCAUUACUAGCUCUGAUGCGGCAAAGAUCCUCCAGUACGAAGACAGGCAAGCUCGUUAUAUUUUUCUCAACGUGUGAUGCUGUCGACUUCCACUUCGCUCUCAUGAACGACUUUCAAUUAUCAAGUGCUCCUGGAAGUAAGAAGGAACCUUUUCUGGAAUCAAAGGUCUUUCGGCUGCAUGGUAAUAUGCCCCAGAAGGAGCGAACAGACACUUUUCUCCAGUUCGGUAAAGCUUCAGCAGCGUUUUUGAUCUGCACAGAUGUUGCUUCGCGAGGGCUAGACUUCAAGGGUGUUACGUGCAUUGUUCAGUAUGAUCCUCCAGGAGAUCCUGCAGAAUAUGUGCACAGGGUUGGAAGGACAGCUCGUAUUGGCGAGCAGGGUGAAGCUAUUAUUUUCUUACAGCCUUGUGAAAUGGACUACCUGGCCGAACUGAAGAAGCAUGGUGUAACGUUGAAGGAGCUUCCACUUCCACAGUUGAUGGAUGCCUUGCCUUCUGACGGGAAAAAGAAUAAAUACCGGAAGGCUGAACAGUGGACUUCGAUUGAAAUGCAUCCGGCGGUAUCUUAUAUGAACUUAACCCUCGAGAACUUUGUUGCUAAGGGAAAGACCGGCGAGGUGAAUGACUUGGCAGUCAAAGCGUUCAACUCGUACGUCCGUGCAUACGCAGCCCACAAGGCCGAGCUGAAGCCAAUCUUCCAGGUGCACAAGCUGCAUUUGGGGCACGUCGCCAAGAGUUUCGGACUGAAGUCGGCACCGCAGCUCAUAGGGAAGAUGGGCAUGAAAGCAUCGAAAAAAGCGAAAGGAGGAAGGGUAGACAAAUCAAGGGAAAGAAAUGCGCAGGGUACCACGAAGAGGCGACGUCUCCAUGCUGCAGUCAUGGAGGAAUAAAAUUUCAGAGCUGGAUCUGCCUCUUCUUCUUCACCUUCCUCCAAUCCGAAGACAGGUCUGCCUCCUGCGUCUUCUUAAUUUUGUAGUCUAGAGCUGUAACAACACCCAACCAUGUACUUAGCUGACAGAUAAUGAGCUGCGUAGAGUCUGAUUAGGGAGCUCGUCGUCUGUACAUGAUGACAUCGAGCAAUGAUCCGUAGCAAGAGGAUGAUGACUCAGGCUGUCCUCCGUGUAAUUUCACCCACGUGCCCAAUAAAGUUUCGCCACAUGUACGGCUGUACACGU